AUGGACCCUCAAAACCCGCCCAAAAGGGUGGUCGUCUGCGGCGGCGGCGUUAUCGGCGUGUGCACCGCCUACUUCUUAUCCAAAAGGGGCGCGGCCGUCACGCUCGUCGAGAAAUCGUCGAUCGCCUGCGCGGCCUCCGGAAAGGCCGGCGGCUUUCUCGCCCUAGAUUGGUGCGACGGCGGACCCGUUGGAUCUCUCGCUCGGGCCAGUUUCAAUCUCCACCGCUCGAUUGCCCAGGAGCUCAACGGCGCGGAAUCGUACGGCUACCGGACCCUCACAACCCUCAGCCUCUCGAUAACGGAAACGACGCCGUCCUCGUCCGCUCAAUUGGGUAAAAAAUCGGGCCGUCCCGGUAUUCCCUCUUGGGUCGAUGGGCCGGCGAAAGGCCCGAGGACCAUCGGGACGACAGAGACGACGGCCCAAGUGCACCCUCAGCUGUUCACGAAGACGCUGCUGGCGAAGGCCGUGGAGGAGUACGGGCUGAAGGUGGUGAUCGGAAAAGUGGAGAAGGUGGCGGUGGAGGAAGGGAAGGCGAAGGCCGUGGCUCUGGAGGGCGGUGGAGAGAUUGAGACUGAUGCGGUAGUGUUGGCUCUUGGGCCUUGGACGGGGAAGUUCUCACUUUUGGGCUCGUUGUUUAGGGUUUAUGGGCUUAAGGCCCAUAGCAUUGUCUUGGAGCCUGGAGAUCCUGGUGCAAUAACACCUCACGCGUUGUUUUUGAGUUAUUAUCCGGCCCAAGGUGGGAAGCCCAUGGACCCAGAGGUGUAUCCUCGUCCAACAGGAGAGGUGUACAUAUGUGGGAUGUCGGUCGAGGCAGAUGUACCGGAUGAUCCCGAGCAGGUAACCCCCGUGCACGAAUCUAUACAGGUUUUGAAAACAGUGGCAAGAAAUGUGUCGACUCAGUUGGGCGAGGGGGAGGCUAGGGUGAAAGCCGAGCAGGCGUGCUUCUUGCCUUGCACGGAUGAUAGUUUACCGGUCAUUGGACAAGUUCCAGGUAUCGAGGGAUGUUACGUGGCCACGGGACACAGCUGUUGGGGAAUACUAAAUGGGCCUGCCACAGGCGCGGCUGUGUCUGAGCUUGUGAUGGACGGGUGUUCGAGUAUUGUUGAUCUUAGCGGGUUUAGUCCCACCAGGUUUGUUCUUUCUUGA